CGCGUGGAGAGUAUUUGACGGUGACGUCGACGGCCCCUCGGAGGUCUCCACUUCCCCCCUCGUUUUCGUCCUCGUCUUCCGAUGGCUUCUCCUCCCCCUCUUCCACCGACUUCCCACCCCUCGCUGCUGCCCGAGAUCGGCCCCGAUGGCAUCGCCAGAGAGUCCCCCAUCAUCGCUUACACCGAGAAGAUCAUCGAGGCAGAGCAGCUCCAGCUCAAGAGAUAUAUUCAAGAAAAUUAUUCUAAGAUUCGUGAAGUGGAACGUGAGCUAGAGUCUCUUACAUUGGAGUUGAAGCUUACAGCUGGGCCAAAAAAAGCAGCGCUUGAACACCUGCGAAAGAAGAUUGAAUUGUCAACUGAGAGGAUACAUAUGGCUAAGCUCAAGGAAGAACAAACUAAAAAGGCAUGGGAAGCUGCAGUUCAAGCUGUCAAAGAUGAGGAGGAUAUCAAGCAGCAGCUUUGUGAUGAUCUGAAUCAGCUGGUUCAAGAAAGCACAAGUACCCAAUAUUUAAGGUUGGAGGAGCUAAAAAGACGACUAGAAGCUCUCAACCCUAGCAGGAUUUCCUCUGAUGUUUCAGAUGGGAAGUUGAUGCAGCAGAUACCAAGCAAUGUUAUAGCUGCCACAAUCACACAGAAUCAACCAGUAGAGCGAAGAAUUCCUGAUGCAACUGCUCCUGCAACCAAUAAAACCGAGCCAGCUUCAGAUGCACGGAACCAACGGCCCGUGGAAGUGAAAGAAAAGAAGAGAACCAUGAAUUCUGGAAGAGCAAAGGGCAGCAUGCUCAUGCCAAAGGGAAGGGGACCUUCAGGGUCUGGCUGGACCGGUGCUGGAUUUGAUGUUGAUAGUGGGACAUGAUGGAGGAUUGGUUUCAGGCUCUCUCCAUGGCCACUUGAGAUUGUGGCUGCAUGGUAGGACUUGGAAAUUUAAUUGAGGUACUGUUCAAUCCUCGCUGUUUCUUCAAGGUUCAGUACAUGACGUUUUUUUUCCUCUCUCUAAGUCUCUUUUGGUCAAUUGGUUGUUCAAAGAAGAAUAUUUGCUACACAUUUGAUAUCUUGAUAGUCCCACUUUAACGAGAAAGCAAGAGUUGGCUUAAUGUAUAAGACUUGAACGGCCUACGAUUAAUGAUUUGAGUUUAAGCAUUCUGCACU